AUGAGUGCUGAAAGGGUAGUCUUGAGAUGGACCAUUGUUCAUUACACAGACGCUGCUUUUCAUGCUUAUGUUGCUGCCUGCAGGAGAGUAUCAUUCCGCUUUGGAAGCCUCAUCAACAGGUUAAGUCAUUACCUGGGCGUGUCUGUGGACCUGCUCACAAGUGUUUUGACCCGUAGAGGCCGCUUUGACAUGAUUGCUCAUUAUAAUAUCAGACGACAAGAUAUUGUUUAA